AUGGCGAAGCCAGUCAUUGGUCUAUUGGGCGGUGGCCAGCUCGGCCGAAUGCUCCAGGAGCAGGCCAUGCUGCUGGGCAUCGAGCUUGUCGUCCUGGAUGAGAACAACUGCCCCACCAAGCAGAUCAACCUGAACGAGAAGCACGUCGAGGGCUCUUUCAAGGACCCCGAGAAGAUUCGGGAGCUCGCCAGGCGGUGUGACAUUCUCACCGUCGAGAUUGAGCAUAUCAACACCGAGGUUCUCGAGGAGAUCGCCACCAAGGGUGUUGAGGUUGACGGCCAGGUCAAGAAGGUGCCCGUGCACCCCUCGUGGGAGACCCUCCGUCUGAUCCAGGACAAGUACCUCCAGAAGGAGCACUUUGGAAAGGCUGGAAUUCCCAUUGCGCCUCAGAUUUCGGUCGAGUCGGGCAUCUUGAUGCAGGAGUCGCUCCAGAAGGCUGCUGAGACCUUUGGCUUCCCCUUCAUGCUCAAGGCCCGCAAGGGCUCCUACGAUGGCCGCGGAAACUUCAAGGUCAAUGGCCCCGAGGACUUUGCCGAGGCUAUCAAGGAUAUGGGCAAGCUGUCUCUGUACGCCGAAAAGUUUCAGCCCUUUGUCAAGGAGCUGGCCGUCAUGGUUGUGAGGACCGAGGACGACGCUGGCAACCUGAAGGACGUCUACGCCUAUCCCGCGGUUGAGACUGUCCACGAGGAGAGCAUCUGCACAAAGGUGUUUUACGGAAAGGUCUCGAAGGAGGUCGGCGAGAAGGCGAGAAAGGUUGCCUGUGAUGUCAUCAGAACCGUCAAGGGCAGGGGCGUCUUUGCGGUCGAGAUGUUUCUCCUGGCCAACGACGAGCUGGUGAUCAAUGAGGUUGCCCCCAGACCCCACAACUCUGGACACUACACCAUCGAGGCUGUCCCUUACUUCAGCCAGUACAAGGCCCAACUCUACUCUAUCCUCGACAUUGUGCCCCCUUCCCUCAAGCUUCAGCCUCGCGUGUCUAGUGCCAUCAUGCUCAACAUUCUUGGUGGUGCUCAGGAGUCUUCCCACGAUGCGCUGGUUGACCUGACCCACACUCACUACCACGAUGAUAUGGACGUUUUCCUGCAUCUGUAUGGCAAGUCUUCUAAGCCUGGCCGGAAGAUUGGACAUAUCACUGUCACCUCCUACUCCCCCGAGGUCAACCUUGAGGAACUGGCUGCCCCUCUUAUCAAGGAGGUUGAUAGCAUCCGUCAGGGCCGUCUUGAUGCUGCUUCAGCUCAGCUGCGUCCCACCGCUCCCGCUGCCACUUCACAACCGCCCGCGCCAACAUCUUCGCGCGAUACCAAGAACCCCUUGGUCGUUGUGACGAUGGGCUCCGACUCGGAUCUGCACGUGCUCAAGGGUGCAUUCGAGGUCCUGGAGCGCUUCCGUGUUCCCUACGACUUCACCAUCACUUCUGCUCACCGUACACCACACACUAUGAGCGCUUUGGCCAAGUCUGCUGCUGAUCGCGGCAUCCGAGUAAUCAUCGCUGCUGCUGGUGGUGCAGCUGCGCUCCCUGGCAUGCUGGCCUCCGAGACGCCCAUCCCCGUUAUCGGUGUGCCCGUCAAGGCAACUCACCUCGACGGCCAAGACUCGCUGCUGAGCAUCGUUCAGAUGCCCCGAGGCUGCCCCGUGGCCACGGUUGGCAUCAACAACUCUACCAAUGCCGGUAUGCUCAGUGUCCGCAUUCUUGGCACCGGCGAUGCCAAGUACAGGAAGGCUAUGGCCGACUACAUGGUGAGCAUGGGCGAGGAGGUUGAGGGCAAGGCGGCUAGGCUGCAGGAGAUUGGGUGGAAGGCGUACCUGGAAAAGAAGUAA